AUGUCAUGGCGUACGCUGGAAGAUAAUUUCGCAAUUCACGGAGAGGUGACGAUUCAAGUAAAUGUUCGAAUUCUGGAGAUGGUUGGAUUUAGAAAAGAAAAUUUGAAAGAUUUCGAUGAAUCUGUCAAGGAGUUUUCGGAUAUUGUGCUGGUUGUUGGAGAUCGAAAGUUUUAUACAUCGAAGCUGUUCCUCGGCUAUCAAUCUUCAUACUUCAAAUCUCUUCUCCUCGGCGAUUUCGCGGAGUCAAAACAAUCAGAAGUGGUUCUCAAAGAUAUUAAUCCGGACGAUUUUCAGAAUUUUCUAGAAUUACUUCUUGGAGAAAUGCCGAUUGAUGGAAUCCUCCAUUUGGCUGUUCUUUAUGAUUCUCCGACUGCUAUCAAGCGAUGCGAAGAGUUUUUGGUGAAACAAUCGAAUAAGACACUAAAAACCAAGUUGCAACUCUCUACUCGAUACAAUUUGCAGAUUCUUAAGCAGAAGUGCCUCUCCGAGAUCGAUUCCAUUGAAGUCCUUCGAUCCGUGGUGUCUGAUGAACUGGAUCCUUCCAUUUCUAAUGCAUUACUUCAAAAAUUCAUUAAUUUAUGUUAG